AUGGGGAUCCCGGGGGUGUUGAAGGAGAUUGGACGUGGUGACCGGGUAGCCUUGGCUAAGCUGGCCGUCGAGCACCUGGAACGAACGCAACGACCACUCCGUAUAGCGAUAGAUGCAGCCAUAUGGAACUUCCAGACUCAAGCUGGGCAAGGCGGCAAGAACCCUGCCCUUCGAACCUUAUACUAUCGGCUGCUGAGAAUACUGGCACUUCCAAUUCAUCCUCUUUUCGUCUAUGACGGUCCAAACAAGCCACUCAGUAAACGAGGCCAGACAGUGUCCAGGUAUGGGACUUGUCUGGCCAACGAGACUUCGAGGAAGUUGGUGGAGCAGCUACGCUUUCCAUCGCAUUCAGCGCCAGGUGAGGCAGAAGCAGAAUGUGCUCAGCUACAGAAACUUGGUAUCGUCGAUAUGGUCAUGAGCGACGAUGGUGAUGCUGUGAUGUUUGGAUCAAAGCUCACAUUGAGGAACUACUCCAAGGAGGGCGCCCGUGGCAACAAAGAGCCAACCCAUGUCGAUCUGCUUGACUUACGGCAGAUCAAGGAUGGCCCUAAGCUUGAUCCAGAAGGUAUGAUCUUGGUGGCUCUUCUCAGUGGAGGCGACUACGAUCAGCAAGGACUGCCGGGCUUUGGAGUGCACGUGGCCUGCGAUAUUGCUCGAGCAGGGUUCGGCUCAGAUCUCAUUCAUGCUGUGCAGAACAACGACGAAGACGCUUUACAGGAUUGGAGAGAAAGACUGGAGUAUGAGCUGGAAACUAACGAGAGCGGAUACUUCAAGAAACGGCAUAAGACCCUCAAGAUCCCAAAAUCGUUCCCUAAUCGCACUGUGCUAAGUUACUACACCAAUCCCGUCGUUUCAAGUCCGGACACCCUCAAAACAAUGGAAACGAGUGGUCGACAGACUGGCAAGGUAGCAUUAACGUCCAAUCUCUGA